AUGAACAUGGCGUGUGUUGGGGAUUUCGACCCGUUCACCGCGGCCAUACCCGCCACUAAAGUUGAGCUGACCAUAUCUUGUAGAAAUCUUUUGGACCGAGACACGUUUUCCAAGUCUGAUCCAAUCUGUGUGCUGUACACUCAAGGAAUAGCCAACAGGGAAUGGAGAGAGUAUGGCAGAACUGAGGUCAUAGACAACACCCUAAAUCCUGACUUUGUCCGCAAGUUCAUCCUGGACUACUUCUUUGAAGAGAGGCAGAAUCUACGCUUUGACUUAUAUGAUCUGGACUGCAAGAGCGACAAUCUGUCUAAACAUGACUUCCUGGGUCAGGCCUUCUGCACCCUGGGAGAGGUAGUAGGCUCCUUAGGAAGCCGCUUGGAGAAGCCACUGAUUGGAAUCCCAGGGAGGAAAUGUGGCACGAUCAUAGUGAGGGCAGAGGAGCUGAGCAACUGCCGGGAAUCGGUGAUGCUUCAAUUUUGUGGCAACAAGCUCGACAAGAAGGACUUCUUUGGAAAAUCCGACCCAUUCCUCGUAUUUUACCGCAGUAAUGAAGACGGAUCGUAUACCAUUUGCCAUAAAACAGAGGUGGUGAAGAACACUCUGGACCCAGUGUGGCAGGCCUUUAAAAUCCCGGUCAGAGCCCUGUGUAAUGGAGACUACGACAGGAGCAUUAAGGUGGAGGUAUAUGACUGGGACCGAGAUGGAGGUCACGACUUCAUCGGGGAGUUCAGCACCAGUUACAGGGAGAUGUCUAGAGGCCAGGCACAGUUCCAUAUGUAUGAGGUGCUAAACCCAAAGAAAAAAGGAAAGAAGAAGAAGAAGUACCAAAAUUCUGGAACGGUCACGCUGCUGUCCUGCCUGGUGGACACAGAGCUCUCCUUUCUUGACUACAUCAAAGGCGGCACUCAGAUCAAUUUUACGGUGGCAAUUGAUUUCACUGCGUCGAAUGGCAAUCCAUCCCAGCCCACGUCACUCCAUUAUAUGAGCCCUUACCAACUAAAUGCUUAUGCUAUGGCAUUGCGGGCUGUUGGAGAAAUCAUCCAGGACUACGACAGUGACAAGAUGUUCCCUGCACUGGGGUUUGGUGCCAAGCUACCCCCUGAUGGACGGGUCUCGCACGAGUUUGCCCUGAAUGGUAACCCACAGAACCCUUACUGCAGUGGAAUUGAAGGGGUGAUGGAGGCCUAUUACAAAAGCCUGAAGUCUGUGCGUCUGUAUGGACCAACCCACUUCUCCCCAGUCAUCAACCAUGUGGCCAGGUAUGCAUCAGCUGUGACAGAUGGAUCACAGUACUUCAUCCUCCUCAUCAUCUCCGACGGUGUUAUCACAGACAUGGCACAAACCAAGGAGUCCAUAGUCAAUGCGGCCUCUCUUCCCAUGUCAAUUAUAAUUGUUGGUGUUGGACCAGCAGAAUUUGAUGAAAUGAUUGAGCUGGAUGGGGACGAGGAGAGGAUCUCAUCCCAAGGACGAUUUGCGGAGAGGGAUAUUGUUCAGUUUGUCCCAUUCAGGGACUACAUUGAUCGACGUGGGAACCACAUCCUCAGCAUGGCCCGCCUGGCUAAGGAAGUGCUGGCUGAGAUCCCUGACCAGUUCCUGUCUUACAUGAGGACCCGAGGGAUCAAACCAGGCCCCUUGCCGCCUCCAUACACCCCAGCUGCACACCCUCUCCUCACCAGACGAGUAAGCCGGAUCUGA